UCAGCCCAUCUUUUGUUGUUGUCAAAGAAAAUAGCAAUCUUUUAUUCGGCGGAUUAAACCCGCUUUGCUAUUAUGGACAAGUUAAAUUCCACUUUAACGGCGGUUAAGAAUCUGCGAUCAAAUGUAAAGCAGUGCUUCGAGCAUUUGGCCGAUGGAACCGAUGGGGAGGGCGGAGAGGAGAGUAGGAAUAAAUUCGUGCACGACUUCCAGGAGAGAUUCGGAGCCAUCAACUCGCAGUUGCGUGAAGUGGAGCAGCUAAUAAAUGGAUUGCGUCCCCCCACAGCAUAUUCCCUGGGAAAUACGGCUUACCUCGCUCAGGAGACAUCUCAGGACCGCCAGGCGUUGUACCCGCAACUGGUCAACAGCUACAAGUGGAUAGAUAAGGUGCACGACCACAGCUUCCUGGCUUUCAACAAUCUCAACCAGAAUACGCUGAGGCGGUCCUAUAAUUACUGCUCCCAGAAACGCCAGCGUCUGCCAUUUUCCUCGUUUAACAAUGAUCCAGACCACAUAGACAAGCUGCUAAGCGAAAUCAACACGGGGCCUCACACCUCGUACCGGAUAUUCCGGCCAUUUGGUACCAAUGCCGUGGCCAUUGUUACCAUCAGUAAUGUGAUGAAGGCGGCAAUUGUGUUCAAGGGUGUACUAAUCGAAUGGGUGACCAUAAAGGGUUUCGAUGAGCCACUGGAACACGACGAUCUGUGGGCGGAGUCGCGAUAUGAAGUGUUCCGCAAGGUUCAGGAGCACGCGCACUCCGCCAUGCUGCACUUCUUUUCACCCACAUUGCCAGACUUGGCUGUGAAAAGCUAUGUGACCUGGCUGAACAGCCAUAUUAAACUGUUCCUGGAGCCCUGUAAGCGAUGUGGGAAAUUUGUGGCCAAUGGGUUGCCACCGACUUGGCGGGACCUGCGCACCCUUGAGCCCUUCCACGAGGAGUGCCGUAACUGCUGAAAGUCCCAUGUGUCCGAUUUUUAAGACUAACUGAUAGUUCUAACUUGUAUACUUCAUUUAUUUCAAAAACAAAAAAUAAUAUAUAUUCUGAAUCCA